UUGCAGAGCGCAUGCGCACCGGUAUCGCAGUAACGCUCAGUUAAACAGUGGCCGCUGUGUACAGUGGAGUCUGUGCUGUGUAAUAAUAAUAACAGCACAGUUAACUUAUAUAACCUAACGUAGUAUUAUACCUGGCUACACAGCUCGUAGCUUACCAUGAAUUACAGCAGACCAAAGUUAAUUUACAACUGGCACAAAUAUAGAGAAGCAGAACCAAAGGACUAUGAUAUAAGUGCAUGUCCAGAAGGACAAAAGAAACUACACAAGUCCACUUACAAACAUUUUGGGACAUACAUAAAUACAGAAUGGACCACAACAGCUGAAGCCCAGAUGUCCCAGUAUCACUUAAAGAAAGAUUAUGAAACCAGGGAGGUUCCAAAAUCUAUGGUACAGGCCAGCUCCUUCCACACUUUGGAAUCUGACAGAGAAACAGGGUGCAAAUCUGUUCUUCCACGCCAUCCACCACACUAUUAUGAAAUGGAUCUGUGCACCACAUAUGCACUGGAUUAUCCUCCUCCACACGUUAUUACCAAGGAGGCAGUGUCAGUUACAGGUCAGACGGUCGAUUUCAGAAGGCGGCUGUCUUACUUCACUGAUGUUGCGGAUCAUCGUCGCUGGGGCCAGAAUACCUGGCAGGACAUGGAUGGGCCACAACCCAGGGUGUGAUGAAGCCAAUCUACAGGGACGUGUAAUCUGGAUAUGCAUAAGGCGCUUUCCCUUAUUUUACCUCUUCUCUCCGGUUUGGAUGGGGGAUGUUAAAUAAAAUAAGUGCUGCAUAAAAUGUCAGUCAGCUUUUAAUCAUUUUAAUUAAUCUUUAAAAAAGCUAAGAGUGAAUGGUACUCUGUUUAAAAGUUUUAUAAUGCUUUCUUUUUCAGUAAAUUUCUUUUUUCAUUUAAUUUAUUAUACCUCGCAUAAUAUAAUCUAUGCAGAGUAACUCAUCCCACAGUUUUUGGAAAAACUGACACUAACUCACAUUUUUCUGUCUAAUUGAGCAAUACUGACCUUUAUAGAGCUUAUUUGCUGUUUUUUUAUAGACUUAAUAGGGUGCAAACGCUCUUACAUUACUAUUUGGAACCACAGAAUGGUUGCAUAGCUAAAGUGUGAGGAACAAAUGACAGAAGAACAACAGACAAAUGUGGGUCUGUAAGACUGUGAUAUAGAAUUUGGAAAUCUGCCCUAAAGGAACACAAACAGUUUGAUGGCUAUGGGUUAAAUUAAACCUCAGGCCUUGGGUGUGGCUGAAGAUGAAUGGGAGUGAAUGAGAGGCAAAAAUGAUGAAAAAAUGACAAAUAAAGAAGUGCAGGUCAUUAUGGCUGUGGACAACGAAUUAGUUAUCUGCCCUGAGGGAGUGCAUGAGGUUUGUUGGCUGUCGGGAUACAGAAACACAUGGCCUGGGCAUGUGUGAAAAUGAAUAGAAGUGAAUGGGAGAAAUAAUGGCUGGUAAAAAAUAAAUUGACUGGUAAACAAAUGCAGGUCAAAAUAACUGAAUUUAAUUUCAGGAGCCUGCAUAAAGGUGUGCAUUGGUUGAGCAGAAGUACAGUUUUUGGCCUUCUUGCGGGCUAAGAGCUGCCACCAUGACUGGGAGAUCACCAGUUUGAAUCCUGUUUAUGUAGCUUGCCAUCAGCUACCGGAGCCCUAAGAUAGCACAAUUGGCCUUGCUCUCUCUGGUAGAUUAGGUUCUUGUUCCCCAUAUCACUCCAAUAGGGUGAUGUCACUCAGCACAAGGCAUCUGUGAGCUGAUUUAUCAGAAUUGAAUUGGUGUGCUUUCUUUCGAGUGCGCAGCUGCAUCAGCAGCAGUUUGAAAAGAGAUGGUGGCUGACUUCACGUGUAUUGGAGGAGGCAUGUGUUAGUCAUCACCCUCCUUGGGUUAGGGCAUCACUAGUGAUAAGGGGAGUCGUAAUAGGUGGGUUGGUUAAUUGGCCUUGUAAUUUGGCCAGAAAACGGGAUAAAAAUUAGAAAUUAAAAAAAAGUUUAUUGGUAUUCUUUAUGCAAAAGUUCCAAUUUUGGCUAAGUUUAUAUGAAAACUGUGCGCCCCAACAAAAACCUGUAUGCAAGCCUUGAUCACAUACUCACACUGAUUAAUGUGGACUUGAUAUUUUAAAACAUCAUAUCUUAUAAUACAAAAUUGAAAUAAAAAUAUUUUCUACUACCUUUUUCAGACAGGGUAGUUACACAGUAAAAUAGCUUACAUUUCCCCUACAGACCAAACACACCACACACACACACACACACACAAAGUAUCGCCAAAGUCAAUGCUGUAAUUUUCUGACUCUUUCUUAUGGGAUCUGUCCUUUACAUCAGUUAAAUAAAUCCAUCUCUCAUCUCACUGUCUAAAGUGCCUCCAGCUUCCUUCUUUUCUCCUCCACCUGUUCCUUCCAUUAUCCUCCAUUCAUUCAGCGAGGAUCAUGUUCUCCGUGUGCACAAAUUAGGGCCUUCUCUUCACAUUUCCGGAGGGGCUUUGGCUUCCCUACGUACUGAAAACUGCAGAUUCAGCACAGAUACCCUCACUAGACCAAACAGCAGAACCUAUACGCAGCAUCACAAUUUAAUAUAGCAUGGUACAUUCCAUUCCUGCAUCGUUUUCUUUAUCCAGGCCAGCUGUUACCAUGGCUGAAGUGUUGUGCAUCUCAUAGAGACAGUGACAUCAUUUCCCUCUGCCAGUUUAUGGUUUUUCUUUUUUAAGAGAAGGCCUCAUGCCAUCACAGUGGAGACGACCGCGAAGGCCUGACUGACAAUUAUUGACCCACAUAAAAACAAGUGUGUCUGUAUUUUUGGAAGUAAGAAUCUACUCUCUGUAUAGCUCAGCCUAAAUGCUUCAAGCUGCUGUCCUCCGUCUGUGAAUUAUAAAAUGUUUUUUUAAUAAAUGGCUUUUUAA